UUGAAAUAAUAUUUGUUAUUUCUUUUGUUACAGAACCCUGCUAUCGCAAGGUAGCGUCAAGUUGAAGAGAAAUUGACAUGAAGUCCACGAUGAGGUUUCAGUUGCUGAUAUGCCUGGUGGUGUACGCAUCUAGCGUACAAUCAAUCAUGGUCAAGUAUGGUACCAAGGAUGGACCCAUAGAGCCGCCAACGCCCGAACCGCUGCCCUCGCCGCAGCCGUACCGAGUACCGGCUCCUGUCUGGGAGGAACGAUCAGAUGAUUCACCAGACCCUAAUGCCCAUUGGAAACCUCAGCUCUUCAUACCUCAGCCGAGAUACACGCAGAUUAUCUUCAAAGCCCCGUCAACCACAGAGCGGCCUCUCAACAGCGCUCAACGCUUUGUCAACUUGUACAAGCCUAUGUUUAAACCUAUUGAGGCUAAACCGAUCCGGGACUAUUUGACACCGUCACAAAUACUCAGCUCUCAGAGCUUACCGGGCAUCGGUAUUCGCUAUUUCGUUCCUGCUUAUAUUAAUGACUUACAAGUAAGGAAGGAUGAAAAGAGAAAAGAGGACGCUAAACAUAACGACAUUGAAACCAAUGACAUAAGUCAACCUAACAAAGACUCCAGCUCUGAUCUUCUUUGGCAAUAUGAAAAAGAAGCCACCAAAAGAAACCUUAGAAACACCUUAGAAGGCUCAGCGAGACCGUUCUAUGAGUGGCCGGCGUAUGUGCAACCUAGGCAUUAAUAUGAAUUAGUCGUUUAAGCUUAGAUUACGUAAACACCACAGAAUGUAACUUGUAUUAAGUGAAGAAAAAGCCAGUAAUAGCAUUUCUAAUCAUUGGUUUCGAAAUAUAAAACAAGAUUUAAAUUAUUUUUAACAAAAUGUAAUCGUACUAUUUAUUUGCCUCACAUUUAAAUAUCGUCUUACUAAAAUCAUACGAAUGUAAUUGUAUUCAUAUAAAGUAUAACGAAAAAACUUAAAAAUCGUAAAGGGCUAAUAGAAUCACAACCACGCAAUCUAUUUUAAAAACUUAAAAGGAUCGUAAUUUGUUUGAUAUUACAUAGUUUUUUAUUAGGAAAUUGAAGUAACAUUUUAUGAGUUCUAACUUUAUUUAUAAGCUGUGGUGUUUAAAAUAGGAUAUCUUAAGAUAAAAGUGCCAGAUGAUCUAUAUUUAUGUAGUAUAUAGUUUCUGUUAUGUA